AUGUUUAAACAUCAUUAUUGUGGACGUUUUCCAGCAUAUCUUAGGAUAAAUUCCUACAGGGACCGCCGCUUGGUCAAAGGAUCACACUCUCAUAGGCUUGGCCAGGCAGCCCUCAGGCCAGGAUUCUGGGUCUCAUCUGGAUCUCUCUGUUUCUCAGUAAUCAAGUGGAUUCCUCAGGGAGCCCCCCACCGGACCCAGGCCAGCACUGGCCUAGGCUACCUGCUGAGGGACCACAUGGAGGGGAAGAAUGGCACCAACUCCACCAGGGCCCUGAAACUUCCAGAUGGGACCAGCGCUGCCUGGUACAUUCUCACCAUCAUUGGCAUCUACGGAGUGAUUUUCCUCUUCCGAUUGGCCAGCAACAUCCUCAGAAAGAAUGAUAAAUCCUUGGAAGAUAUCUACUACUCAAAUUUGACCUCUGAACUCAAAAAGAAAAAUCUCCAAAGCAAGGUGGCCAAAUGCUCUGCACUGACCUUUAGCAACAGAGCUGUCCUGCAGUCCAACCAGGCCAGCCUGGAACCAAAAUGUAAAAACAGUGGGUGCCAAACUGAAAUCCAAGGGAUCCCUUGAAGGUCAAGGCAAACAGACCUCCACAGAAGAGGCCCAAGUUUCAUGCAAGGGGGAGAAGACUUGAGUCUACCUGGAACCUUGAUAGAGGGGUCAAGUCCUUGAGUGGAGCUAGAAGAACAUUACUGGGGCACUUACGCCGAUGGGAACAUGGCCAAAAGCCAGCGUCCUGUUUCCUUCUCAGGCUUUGUGGCACUUGGAGACGAGACAGCAGAGGCAGUGGCUCCAGUCAUACCCAUCACUGGAAGAGCCUGUGUCCCAGAGAAGGACAUGGAGCAUCUAGUGUCCUCAGAGAAUCUAGGAGAUUCCCGAGGGUGUACGUGAAGGGGGACUCUUGUCAUGGAAAGAAGGCUGAAUUUGGAGUCAAGCGCCCUGGAUUAAAGUUAAACUUCCAGAGGAUCACAUGAGCUUUGAGUGACUUGUGGCUCUUACCUGGAACACAUGGCAGUGGGACAGAUGGUUUCAAAGAGCCAUUCGUUCUAGAGGUUCUCACUAGAAUAUAGAACCAAGGUUGUUAACAGCCGACGUUAGUCAGAAGUCCUUCAUUUUCACUGAGGGUGUGUGAUCCACUGAAAAAAAGCAUUCGUUUUGGAGGUGGAGGCAUCAAACUCUAGUCUGGGUUUGAUUCUUGACCACUUUGGCAUCCUUCAACACACCACCUCGCCUCUCUGGAACUUAGCUCCCACACAGAUAAAAUGAGAAUGACGAUGUCUGUUUUGCCAAUCUUACAAAGCGGGUAAGAGCUAAUGGCAUCACACAUAUGAGCAUACUUUUCCAAGUAAAGUACAUAUGUAAAAUAUAAGCCUUGUGUUCAUAGUGGCGAUGGUGGUUGAUGCUGAUGGUGGCAUUGGUGUCGGUGGUGACGGUCAUGAUGGUUGAUGCCAGUUGGUGGUGUUGGUAGUGGUUGAUGUUGAUGGUGGUGACGAUGGUGUUGGUGGUGGUUGAUGUUACGGGGGACAGUGGUGGUUAUACUCUUGUGGAGAAGGAAACAACCAGUCCGCUGGCAAUCAGUCCGUAAACAAUGGCUACAUUACCUUCUAUUAAGAGGAUCCAUCUGCGUAAGAGUUGAUGACCUGAACGCUGGGUCAAGUCCAUCAGAUUCAAAUUUUCCAUGUAGACAAAACAGUUACUUUUGGGUUUUGUUGUUUUUGACAUCACAUGAUUUACUCAAAUGUUUUCAUAAAUACCUGUUACUUAUAGACUUGUCUCUGCCUAAAAAGAAACAAGACCUUGCCUAGAUGACGGAUUAAUUUAGAGAGACCGUGAUUAGCGAAACUUCUGCAAGUGGCUUUCAGCAGGCAGAGUGAUAAAUUAUAUUUUGUACCAAUGUCUGUGAAGUUUAUACAAUUCAGCCCUUGGGGACAUUCCCUGGACUACAAAUGAAUUCUUUUCUCCCUGUCUGCACACAGUGGUCUGCAGUCAGCCCCACAAUUUCAUAAAGGUCAGAAUUAAACCCCAAGCUUUUGUUUUUAGAGGGGGAUAUAGACUUCCAAGUGUUUUUCUGUUUUAGAAUAUUUUCCACAUCAUCACCUCACAGGUUAUCCAACAAAAGUGUUGGCUCGUUUAUGUUGUUAGGGCCGGGCAUCAUCCAUAUGUUUGAGAUGCUUAUAGGGCAGGAUAAAACAGGAUUAAGAAAUAUAGACAAAAAAAUAUAUAAUCCAUAGUGACUACGAGCAUGGAAUGCAUUAAAAUGGGAGUCAAGGUCAGAACUUCGGUGGAUUUGAAGAUACAGUCUUCUCCUGUUGGUUGCUUCCCCAGCAUGCAUUUCCCCCUUCCUUAACCCAACUGCUCCUAAUGUGCAUUUGGAGAUUCAUGGGGCACUAAGGAAGCUGAAACUACUCCCAGUUCAAGGCCUGAAAUAAGAGACCUAGGUUGAUCCAAUCAGGGCUUUCCAUGUCCUGGCUUCACUGAUUAGGUGAACUCAUGACCUAAGUAAGCUUACCCAGUCAGAAUGACUGGAUAGAUUUUAAAGGGGGAUUCUGGGACCCAAAAGUUCUGUCUUGCUCAGGAUGGCAUUCACUGCAGAUCUGAGCCUGCAGUCGCUGAAGCCAUUUUGCCAAUAUCAGAAAAGCCAAUUUGAGGGCAAAAACGAACAGAGAGAACUAAGAAAAUCACAGAGACUAGAGUCCCAACCAGACUGUACUCAAAGCCUGCAUCGCCACAGGGCUGUUUUAGUUUGUGAGCCAAGAAAUUUCCUUUAUUAAACUUUGUGACCCCCCUCAACCAAAAAUAUCCUAUAUGAUACCACUGGAUAAAUAAUAUCCUGAAGGAAGUGGGCCUUGAAGGAGAAUUUGAAAAGAGGAGCAAAGUGAUAUGGUUAAGUUGGGAUCACUCCUUUCACCAAGGUUUUUAUAUUUCUAGGAUUUUUGUAUUUUAGGGAGGACAUAGAUUUAGCAUGCUUCUUAGGUCAGGGCAAUGGUCACUUGUAGGAUUUCGCACUGGUUGACCUCUCAAGGGGCAUUCAAUGGGAUUCUGUUCCAUUUAGUUCCCAACCCUUGACUUUGUCGAUAAACCUCCAUGGAAACCCCAAGGAGGGCUUAUCAUGUUAGACGUGUGGUCAGGGACCGGUUCCUAACGUAUUUCCUAAGAAGCAAAAGCUACCAUCUUCCCAGUGACAUCCAAACAGAGUUAGUUACAUGAGGUCCAAGAACAUUUUCUCAGGCCACCUGACUGUUGCUUGAUCCAAAUUCACCUGCUUUCUGGGGAGCUGGUCUGGGAAUUUGCGUGGGAGAUGUGUUCUUGGAUGAAAACUACGUCUAUAUAGUCUCUAUUUUAAGCAAGA